AUGGUGCGCAUAAAGGAGAGGUAUCUCCUUGUCAACAUUGUUUACCUGCCAGACCCUGCAAAGGCUGCAAAAUCAGAUUUGCCAGACUUUGUUCUUAACCAUCAACCAACCAUCGAAAAGCUCACUCCUGGUGCUCUUAUCAGGGGUAUCAGAGCUGAAGUCGCGUCGCUUUAUGGCGAUUGUGGAUCUGGAGCUUUAAUGAGCUGCUCAGUAAAAUACUUGUCCCUAGCAACCUCGACUUUCAUCUUACGAUGUUCAAGGGCUCACUAUCAAAUGCUCUGGUCAACAUUGACCUUUAUGGAUCACGUUCCCGUCAAAGACGGAAGGCCGUGUAUAUUCCGCGUUGUACGCGUCAGUGGGACAAUCCGCAAAGCUGAGGAAGAAGCUAUUCGUCAGGCCAAGAGACUCAUCCUUGCCGCAAAGGAAGAUACGGACUCCCAGUCUUCUCUCAGCCUUUCGCUACGUAAUCAGGACGAAAUGGUUCUGGACGUCAACGACGCGUCGAGUGAUGAAGAAAUGGAUGAUGAGGAUUGA